GUCGGCUUCCGUUUCAUAAUGCAUUCUCAACAGCGCCCGAAUCCCCAGAUGAAUAGGCACCCCUAUGGGACACCAGGAAGUGCUCCACAAAUGCGACGCCCGGGAGGUUUUGCUGGUCAGCCGCCACAAAUGCAUGGGCCUCGAAUGGUUGCACCGCCGGCUGCUCCAUUGCCGAAAAAGAAGAAGUAUGCGGAUAAAUGUAUUCAUCCAAAGAUUCGCGAGCUUGAGCCAGACGCAGAAAACUACAUGGCACUCCUGGCCUCUGAGCAGAAGCUUGAUUCAACGCUCUCUCGAAAGAAGUUGGAUAUUCAAGAAGCUCUGAAACGCCCGAGUAAAGUCAAGAAGCGUCUUCGUAUUUACAUUUCUCACACUUUUAUCGAAGAGAAGCAACCGGAGAAAGAUACUGAUGAAGCUUCUCUCCCGAUGUGGGAACUUCGUGUUGAAGGACGGCUUCUCGAUGAGCAGCCACCGGCUCCUGCCAUUCCAGGCCAAAGACCAGUUCCGAAAAGAAAAUUUAGUUCAUUUUUCAAGUCUCUGGUUAUUGAGCUUGACAAAGAAAUGUACGGACCGGAUCAGCAUCUUGUUGAGUGGCAUCGCACACCACAAACCAACGAAACUGAUGGAUUCCAAGUGAAACGAGCCGGCGAUCGUCCUGUCAAGUGCAGAAUCCUCUUGCUGCUCGACAAUCAUCCAGCGAAAUUCAAGCUUCAUCCACGGCUUGCCAAAGUUCUCGGAAUUGCUACAGAAACUCGUCCGAAGAUUAUCGAAGCUCUCUGGCAGUACAUCAAAACUCAUGGACUUCAAGAUCCUCAAGAACGGGACAUUAUCAAUUGUGAUACAUUUUUGAGUCAAUGUUUCGGAGUGAAUAGAAUGAGAUUUAUGGAAGUGCCAAACAAAUUGCAUCAACUACUUCAACAAACUGAUCCAUUGGAGUUCAAUCAUAUAAUUCAACGACCAAAAGAAGGGCAGGAACAAGUAUCAACUUGCUACGACAUUGAUGUUGAGAUGGAAGAUCCAGUGAAACAGUUUAUGCAUACUUUCGUUCAUAGUCCAGGACUUGCCAAUGAUAUUCAAACUCUUGAUCAAAAGUGUUAUGAUAUUAUCGAACAGAUCAACGAACUGAAGACUCGCCGCGAUUUCUACGCAAGAUUCUACACCGAACCCGCAGAAUUCAUCAAAAGCUGGGUGAUGAGCCAGAAUUCGGACCUGAAGACUAUGAACGAGCUGAGCGGGGAUCUUGAGGCAGAACGAUUCGCUGAAUCCUACGUGAGACCUGAAACAGAGGAAGGAGUUCAAAGAUACAUGUUCCAAAAGGUGAACCAGAAGCGACACGAGUUGGAGCAAAGUCUUGGUGUUCGAUCAAAUUAAAUUUUUUUUUCAAAUAAUCUAUAAGGUCUCAAAAACUCACUUAAAUUUUGAUGUUUCUAAAAUUGCAAGUUAUUGAUUUAUUCAUUUAUUUAUUCUUCAUUCAUUCAUGUACAAAAAAUACGCUCUUUGUUAAAUGAAUUUCACGUGACCUCUCU